UCGAGGAGGACACGUGAGCUGGAGGGGAGAAGGGGGGUGAGGGGGGGAGGGGGGCUUAGCUGUCGGGCCCCCACACUACCUGGAUUGUGUUGGGUGAGGAGAGCGAUCCGUGGGCGGUGAGGAUGGAAAGGGUGCGCAGUGAAUCUACGUCACCGCGAAGUGCGGAAAAGGGGGAAGGUGGCGGAGCAUCGGGCGCGCAGGAGCCAUCAAGGCAGCGAGAAGCUGUCCGUUCCGACGACACGAGGGAAGGGGGGGAGGUGAUGGGGAAUGGGCAAUACAGCAGCAGUGAGGCGGCGGGGAGCGUCGAACCUGGGCUUGAUUCGAACUGCAGCGAGGGGGAGAGAAUGAAGAUGGGUGGAGGCGCACGACGCGCGGAGGAGGGGGUGGGGGGUUUAAGGGGAGGGAGGAGGAUGGAGGGAGAGAGAGAGAAUUCCGGGAAGGAUCAUUGUCAUCGGGAUGGCAGCGGUCGCGAUCCCGGGGAAUCGGAUAGCGACGCCGGAGCAGUGGUCGGCGGAAUGACGAGGCACGAGCUGCCGCUGACGGCAGGGACUUGGGGGGGGGCGGCGGCGGGGGCUGCAACUUGCCGCCGGCGAGAGUCGAUGGACGAGGGGGACGGUCGGCGGGAAAAGAACAGUCCAUGCUCUACCGGUCAGAGCGGGUCGACCGGUCGUCAGCCGCCGGGGCCAAGCUCGCUUGACAAGAAUGCUUCGUCGCCGUCGCUUGUGUUUCGUCGGUGUGAUGACUAUGGCGGUGAGCAGCGUCUAGGGGAAGAGGAGAAAGAGGAGGAGGAGGACGAGGAGGAGCUGAUACCAGCUCGUUCGCGGAUUGAGGACGAGGAGGAACAGAGGAAACGGCAGCCAUUGCAGCAAUUGCAGGGAGUCGGGAAGGCGAGGAGGGAGGAGGGGAAGGUGAUGAGAUACAUGUCGGCAGACGACGAAGCAAGUGAGGGCGGGUCUGGAUCGCGUCUGGAGAAGGAGAUGAUGCCCGCCGGAGGGGAGAGAACUCCAUCUCAGAGUCUCGCAAGAUGCCAAAGUUAUGGUCUCUUCGGAGUGUCUGCCUCAGCAGCUGGAACAGCAGGAGCAGGAGCAUUUGUGAGAGAAAGAGGAGAGCGAGGAGCGGCUGCGUCAGCAGCAGCAGCAGCAGCAGCAGCAGGAGCAGCACGAGCAGUCGAGAGAGAAAGAGGAGAGCGAGAGGGUGGGGCUGCAGGUCUUGUCUGUCCCCCGGGUACGAGAGGUAAUGCCAGCGGUUCGUUGGCGGGUCGUCCGUGUGUAGCCCAGCAAGCGGAGAAACCGGCGGAUGCUGAGCGCGGGAGAGAGGAUUGGGGGGGAUCUGAAGCUGCAGGCCCGAUGCGAGAGAGAGACCAGGUCGAGGACUGGGAUGACACCCACAUGGCCUCUCCGACAUUACCGCCUUUUUCUGCGUGUUCCACCAAUGAGUUGGACUUCACCACUCAUCAUUGUCAUCAUCCCAAUCAGCCUAAUCAGCCUAAUCAGGCUAAUCAGCCUAAUGAACGUAAUCAGGCUAAUCAGCCUAGUCAGAGACAGAUAUGGCAGGAAGAGAAUGAGCAGCAGCAGCAGCAGCAGCAGGAGGAGGAGGAGGAGAGUGGUGCAGCGUGCGCGCCGUCGGUAACCCCGCAGCCAAGGAGAGCGCAUCGGCGGAAGCAGGCGCGCCCGCGCAGUUGCAGGGAAGACCUGAUUCCCCCCUCCCCCGCCGAGCAAAGCCGUCCUGCACCUUCACCGCGGGUGAAUGAGAGUGGUGCGGUUACUGCGGUACCUCAGGCAAGCCGGACUAUAGAGAUUCAUAGAAGAUGUGCCGACGGUGGAGGAGGAGGAGGAGGAGGAGGAGGAGGAGGAGGAGGAUCGAGUAUUGUCGCAGCCAUCGCGUCGUCUUCUGAUCUUGCGGCGGCAUUCCGAUAAUCGGCAUUGAUUCUAUAUAUGGUCCCGAAUCAAUCGAAUUCGAAUUA